GCUCUGCUCCUCAACAUCGUCCAAUUUCUCCCAGCAGUCGCAUCCUGCCUGCAGCUCCAUUGCUACCGUUAGCCGGGGCUAAUAAGGGAGUAGCAAGUCAUUUUUUUACACAGGGAAUUUCCUUUUUAUGUACCUACAUUAUGUGAUUUAGCUAAGUAGUUUGUUUGGGAAAAUGAAUUUGACUUUUUUCCGCGGCACGGCGUCUUCUGGAAGAGAAAAUUCUCCCUGUAAACUCAGUGUUUUUUCGCGGCGACCUCGGUAGCCGAUAAGGUUUAGCAAGUCAGUUUUGGUAACCGAUAGAUUCAUCUGUCCGCCUCUGCUGCUGCUCUGUCGGGGGAUAUUUAGACAAAGUCAGUCAGAUGUUGGACGGUGAAAACAUCAUCGGAACUCUAACGUUUUUACACCGGGUUGCGAAGUUGAAUUACCAAGGUGAACAUCUUUCGUGAAAGAGCCAGGAAUAAUAAUAAUAAUAAUAAUAAGAGGAGAGCGAGAGUUUGGAUCUCGCACCGAAGGAAGAGAAACCGGAGAGAAGAAGGGACGCUGGGGGAAGAAAAUCCUGAUGCCCAGUGAUGGCAAACGAGCCGAUUAUCCUAAAUGUCUAUGAUAUGUACUGGAUCAAUGAGUUCACCAGCUCUCUGGGCAUCGGAGUCUUUCAUUCAGGGAUUGAGCUCUAUGGAAGAGAGUUUGCCUAUGGCGGACACCCGUACCCAUUCUCAGGGAUCUUUGAGAUUACACCAGGUGAUGCAACUGAGCUUGGCGAGACCUUUAAGUUCAAAGAAGCUAUUGUCCUGGGAAGCACAGACUUCACAGAAGAGGAUGUGGAACGGAUCGUGGAAGAGAUGGGGAAGGAGUACAAAGGCAACGCCUACCACCUCAUGCACAAGAACUGCAACCACUUCUCCUCAGCACUGUCGGAGAUCCUGUGUGGCAGGGAGAUCCCUCGCUGGGUCAAUCGCCUGGCCUACUUCAGCUCCUGCGUGCCAUUCCUCCAGAGCUGCCUGCCCAAAGAGUGGCUGACCCCAGCUGCCUUACAGUCCAGUGUGAGCCAGGAGCUCCACGGAGGUGAACUGGAGGAGGCAGAGGAUGCCGCCGCCACAGCCUCCCUGGCCUCCAUGUCACCCUGCUCACCUUCUUCGUCCUCCAGCCCUUCCUCCUCCUUGCCUCGUCACUCUCGCCACCAGCCCCGCAGGUAGAGGCUGCACGGCAUGCUGGGAAACUGGAGGCUGGACUCGUUACAUUGGCAGCCAGGUAACAGAAAACCUGCUGCAGUUGAUGGAUCUAUCUACAGCCAAAGGUCCUGUCAGACUUAUCCUCGCUCAUGGUGGGGUGUCAGCCAAACACAUGAAGAAAUCCAGAGCAGUGAAGUGUUUUUUUUCCUGCCGAAGAAAGGAGCUCUUAUUGCUGACAAAGACGGGAAACCUGUGGUCAUCGCUCUCAACAAUCUGAGAUUUUAACUUUUUCACAUUAAAUAUGUUUUCAUUAUUUUACCUGCCAAAUUCCUUCAUGUGUUUACCAGCCACAUCCAAACUAUACCAGUGCUUUAUUUAUCAGUGGUGUUGAUCCUCACCAAAAGGGUAUGAUUUAGCUUUGUUAAGGCUUAUGGCUGUGUUAAAAAUGUCAGAGGACCGCUACAGAAAUUAAAAGUGCUGGAUGCUCUGCCUUAUACUUUUAAGUACUUGAGCGACCUCCCAGUUAUUGGUGGUUUUAAAUGUCCAGGACCUGAGCGCUGAUAUCAUUUGAUCUGUGGCUGGUAAAUGUUUCCACUGCCACCUGCUGUAUUUCAGAUCUGGUCUGGGACAGGUGGCUGCUAAAAUCCUGAAAGUAACAGGUGGAUUUCAGGAACUCUUACCCUUUGCCUCAAAUUGCUGGAUCCUCUGCCUUUUUUUUUUUUUUUAUUACAGCAGGCUGUAGGUUUGUAAACAGCCUAAACCAGAACUACAAUCAGCUGCAUAGACAAGAACAAACAGAUCCAGAACCACUGUCAAUCCAUAAGACUUUCUUAGCUUCACAGAGACCCCUGCCUCUCUUCUAUGAUGUCAGACCCCCUCCCCCCAUCCUGAAUAACCUCACAUGCUUUGAUUAAAACAAACUAAUGAAGUGGAUUUACUUAAUAAUUAUGAAGUAGCAACAAGUAUUUCACCACCAAUAAUGUAAAAUGUUUCUAAAUCAUUUUGUAGUUAGGUUCUAGUGCAGGGAGAGUGAUUUAAGAGGGGAAACAUUUCUUUCUCAGUAGCAGCUGCCAAGGUGCCUUAGAGCACCCACAAGUGUUCCGUUGGUCAACCGUAGAAGACUCUGGUUGUUCUGGAAAUCUCCCAGUAGUUUAAAAGUGUAAAGCAAAACGUUUUAUCCGAAAAAUUCGAGGUCCGCGCUCACACUUAGGACACAAUGUCAGUCUGUAAUGUAUAAAAAUGUGUCUGAAGAAGAAGCGAAAGCAGACGAGCUCUUCUUUAACUGACCUCUCUUCAGCCUGCACUUCUCACAGUCUUUUUCUUCACACUGUGUCCAGGUGGGAGCGACACAACGUGGUGCCGUUUUGAAACAUCGCUGCACAGUUAAGUUUGAUUAUCGGAAGGUUAUUGGUGGGGAAAACCUCAUGAUUUACUCAGACAAAUAUAUAUCCUGUUAACAAGGGGACAUAUGCUGCAUAUUGUGUAUUGUCCCAAACAAGAGCCAUGGAUGUUCUGAAAACAUGUAAUGAAGACUAACUGAUCUUGGAUACCCUUUUUUUUCUUUUUCUUUUUAAAAAAAAAAAUCCUUAUAGUAUUUCUACAAAAUAAAGACUGGCCUUUUUGUCUGUUUUGCCGUCAAACUCAGGACUCUAAAAGGCUUUGUAACAUAUGAUCUUUUAAACUUUUUUAUGCCACAUGCUCAUUUGCGUCGUCGCUGUUGCUUUUCGAAUGCAGUUGUCACUCCAUAGAGCUUUUCGGCAGCACACUGUGGCAGUGCAGUUUUCUACUCUUCGCUCAGAUUUAAAGAAAAGGCUUUGUUUACAUCCUGUAUGCUUGUUUGCGAGCCUGCACACUUUUUCCUUUUCUUUUCUUCUCCUGUCUGUGCAUGAAUGUAGGAGCGUGUGCCCCCACUUAGUAUAAGCGGUUUCAACGAGCUGCCAACUGGGCCAAAUUUACCACACAUCUCUUACACACUGCAAAAAAAAUAUCAAUCUUAACAAAUGUAGCACUGUUUUCAGGGUGUAUUUACAAAUGCGUCUGCAUCUUUAAGAGAUUAGUUUUAUUCUUUUUGUGCUCACGCUAAUUUUUAGCAACAUUUUGUCGCAGUGUCAACUAUCGGGUAAAAAUGUUGUUUUCGGGACUUUCUAACAAAACUGAAGCAGUUUUACAGGAAUCCUGUAAAACGCACAAAGACCAGCAUAUUUUAUCUGAUUUGAAGUGAAAGGAUUUAAUUUUUAAAAGUUAUUUUCAUGUUUCAGUAAAUAAACUUUAUAAUGCACACUCACACGUACUGUUGUUGACGACGCCCUCUGCUGGCUGUUAUUUGUACUGUUAUUGAGGUUUCCUGUAACCUUCAUAGCUUCAGGUGGUUUUCAGCUGUGAUACAAUCAUCUGUCUGUUGACAAAUACACAAUAAAUCAUUAAACACUAAUCACCAACAAGCUUAGUUAUUAUUUUACUUGUGAUUUAAGGUAUAGUAAAUUAAAAUGACCAAAGAUGGCUGUAAUGUCACUUUUUUUUUUCUUUAAUUUUUGUUUUACGUUGGCAACCUAUGAAUUGUAGUCAUCCUCAUUCCUUAUGUGCAUUUAUUUUCUCAGAGUAGUAAAUAUCCUUUAAAGUGAUUACUUGUGAGACUUUUGUACCACAUUUGUGAGCUAUGAAUGCAGAUCGGGAAACCUCAAUCAUUCAAAACACAGAAAAACUGACUUCAGCCGUUUCACAGUGAACUUGCAGAGACUUUAGAUGGAGCCGAACACAUUUGUAUCUGUUGGAAAGUUAUUAAAGAAAAUAUACAAUCUG